UAAUAAUGUUAGGAUGGCGAGAAACUGUUCCAAACUAAAUUCUCUCCCUCCGCUGACAUCGAUAUACAGCACGGCGUAAACAAGCGCGCGAGUCCCCCGCCCCUUCUCUCUCUGCGCGAGCUGCUGCCAGUUCCGCGUCGGCCGCGAGUUUACCAGCCACGCACUGCCUGCACGCGCUCAAUCCGCCGCCGGGCUGCAACGAUGUGACUCUCUCUGGCUUUCAGAAGCCCCUUUUUUCAGUCUCCAUUAACGGCCCAGCACUGAGCGAGGCGAGGGGAUUGUAACGGUUCACUCUUUUAACAGUAAUGUCUUCAGAUCGGAGUUACAGCUGCCUCAAAACCGAGGCGAUGACAAAAUCACCGUGGCAACCCUGUGUUGGUGCACAGGCAGCACUGUGACUCUAACUUGCGAUCUCCUGACCUCUGUGACCUUUGAGUUGAGAUGGCGACCCACCGAAAGCACCUGGUCCGAGAUUUCAACCGAUAUAUCACCUGCUCAAUUUGCCGUGGGUACCUGAUAAAGCCCACCGCUGUCACAGAAUGCCUGCACACUUUUUGUAAGAGUUGUAUCGUUCAGCACUUUGAGGAGAGUAAUGAGUGUCCGGAAUGUGGGAUACAAGUCCAUGAAACCAACCCUUUAGAGAUGCUGAGGUUAGAUAAGACACUGGAGGAGAUCAUCUUCAAGCUGGUGCCUGGGCUAAGAGAGAAGGAUGAACAACAGGAAAGUGAGUUUUGGAGAAAAAAUAAGAUCAAAUCAAACGGAGAAGAUGGCCCUAGGGCUAAGAAAUCUCGCCUGAGUGAUGAAGAGGACGAUGAUGGGAAAGCUGGAGACUACCACAGGAGUGAUCCUCAGAUCGCUAUUUGUCUGGACUGUCUACGAAACAAUGGCCAAUCAGGAGAAAGCAUAGUUAAGGGUUUAAUGAAGAAAUUCAUCCGUUGCUCCACUCGUGUUACAGUGGGAACCAUUAAGAAGUUCCUCUGUGUAAAAUUGAAGCUGCCAAGCUCUUAUGAGCUCGAUGUUUUGUGUAACGGAGAGAUCAUGGGCAAAGACCACACCCUGGAAUUCAUCUACCGCACUCGCUGGAGACUUCAGGGUGACAGUGUAAGUGCAUAUGCUUACCCCAUGGUUCUCGAGUAUCGCCCAAGGAUCGACUUUGGUUAAACAGCACUUACGGCUUUGCGGAAAUCUCAUGCAGACUGAUGUCAAGAGAUGAACAAAAAGCAGAAAAACUGAAUGAUUGUGCCUCCGUUGAAAGACAACAACACAAAGCCCAUGACUGACAGGACUGCUCUCUACUUCCUGUGCACUGCUUCAGCCUCUACUCCUCCAUUCCUCCCUCUUUCAAUUUCCUGUUUGACAGUUGUGGCUCCACCAACUGGCACUGUAUCAAGUUUAUAGAUUAUAUUCCUCCAAAAGCUUUCUCUGCAUGUUGUCUCUAUGAUGACGACUUAGCCUAGAGUGGCCUGUUGGGAUUAUCUGAUAGCAAUCUAGCACAGACAGUAAGCUAAAACUCAUCGCAAAGAUGCAUCCCGACCAGGUGACAGGAGUGAGGAGAAAUGGAGACAUUUUUAAGAUGAAGUCUCACUAGAUUUUAGAUUGUUUUAUUAGGCGAUUUUAUCCAAGAGUUUGCACUAGAGGCAAAUCCAGAUGUCUCGCUGUAUUGUUGCUGUUCUGUAUUACCUUUCCUUUUGGUUACUUUUCUCUCUUGCUCUCACCGCCCACAUUGUCCCUCAUAAAUUCAGUGACUCUCUUUCAUGUCAUCAUUCUCUCUCCCUUUCGUUCGCUCACACACACAAACUCACUCUCUCUUUCUCAGCCUCUUUCCAUCUUCCCUCACACUCUCUCAUUUUUCUCCAAUGGUGUUUUUGGCUCUGGUCUGAAGUAUUGAUGGAUCUCAUUCAGUUGGAAUUGAAUGAGAGCGCUGUAGAUGUCCCAAAUAACAGCACUGAAAGGCACUCUGGGUAAGCGAUUUUCCUUCACAUAGAGCUAUGGCCAAAUCUUACAUUCACCCAAACUAGAUCAUUAUCUUGAUAGAAUUGAUAUAACAAUAACUGAUGCCAGAUAUGCUUAAUGCAGUAAUCCACUGAGAAAUCUCAUCUUUAAAAACAGUUGAAUGGGGAAUGACUGAAGUGUGCCAGCUGCAUCUCUCUAAGAGCAGCUUUGUCUCACAGGCUGCUAGUUGUAAACAUUCUGUUCCCUUUUUUAAUCAGACAUAUAUUUAAAUGAGAUAAAACAAUCAAAUUCACCUCAACAGACAUUUGAAUUUUAAAAGCAGCACCCGGAUUGUUAAUAAUGCACUUUUAACUGUAUUUUGAGUGUUGUGCAGCAAAUUAAGGCCAUGCAUUUUAUGCAGUUUGUGAUGUCUGCAAAAACAACUGUGCAAGGGACAUGCCAAAAAUACAUUUGGUUACUUCCACAAAGUGUAAGAAAAGUCAAUAUCUGAUAUUUCUCAAUGUGCUUCUCUACUACACAACAUGGACAUGUUUGUGAGGAGAGAGUUUGAGAUUCAAACAUCAUGUUUUAAAUAUUCUAGUUAAGAGUGUUAUUUUGGAGCAUUAGUUCAGAUAAGGUCAGAGGUUAACUUUCUAAGUUUGUUUACAUGACAAUGUUAAUCUUUAAUAUGUAUGUGUAGUAGAUAGGAAUAUUCCAUUUGAACAAAUAAUUACAAGAAAGAAGUGAAGACCAAACUGAAAAAGUUGCCAAACUGAUUUUAUGCACAUUCCCAGAAUGCAUUUUGAGAAUUAAGGGUUCAAAACAUGGAGCUUUUCCAAUCCAGAUUAUAUGAUGGUACUCAACAUAGAACAGAAAUACAUGAAUUAUUAUUAAGUGAACCUUUGUUUUGGAUAAUCUCAGGGGAUGACACCUGGUGAAAUGAGGGUUUGUUCAAUGUUUUCCAUUUCAGUUUUGGAAUCAAGGAAUCAUAACAAUGGGUUUUAGAAAUUAGAAAGUCACUGCAGUGCUGGAAGUCAAUACAGUUAAUCAAAAGAUACAUAUAGAAUAAAAAUGAGACAGAUUUUCUUGGCAACACCGUUUUCAGUGGUCUGUAUUCAUAUACCAAUAGUGGAAAUAUAUUUGUCCAAAUGUUUCUUAUGGCAAGCUAAAACUUCAUGUUAUACCAACAUGAUCUGUUGUACUGAAUCUUAAAAAUCAUCUGCACUCUCUGUCAGUUCAUUGGAAUUCUUGAUGUUUAGGACAAAGGCCACUGGCUGCUUUCCAAAAUCCAAUUUCCUCCCCUCUAAGAAAACAUGCAAAUCAAAUAUGAAGUGUCUUUGAUCUCUAAUUAUAAAUACAAUGUAUUUUUGUAUGUUGAAGCACUUAUGUAUAUUUGAACCUGUAAUCAAAAGAUUUUGUCAAUGCUUGUCUUUUUCCUAAUAGAUGGUGCUGCUUGGGGUAAUUUAUUCUUUUUUUAUACGUCCCACCGCCUGCUAUAUGUUCCCCUUGUAAAUGUUCGCACUGUACAUGAAAAGCUUCCUAAUGCUGUUCAUGACCUAUUGUUAUUUAAUUAAUGAACAUUAAAAUAUGAAAAAAUAGCGGAUAUUUUCUGUAAUUUCUUUGACUAUAAUCCAGAAACAUUUUAUUUUGCUGAUAAA